CUAGCGGCUCGUGUUAUUCUCUGUUAUCAGCAGAGAAUGUAAUGAAAAAGUGCAAAUGCAGUGAAUGCAGAUAUUUGGGUCUGAUAAGGACGCGCACUUGGCGCAUUUGGCGCACAUCGCGUCCGAUCCGCUCCGGCAGUUGUGUCAACAGUGGCGAGUCGACAACACACGGAAUUAUAGACAUAUGCAUACAUCUGGUAUAUCUGUCGACUGUUUAUAAUGCAAAGUCAAAACCUGAAUUGGGGCAUUGCAGCAGCUGGUCGAGUCACCCAAGACUUUGUCACUGCCCUGGGCACGAUUCCGAACUCGCGCCACGCAGUGUUGGCCGUCGCAGACGUCGAGGGUCCGCGUGCCCAGGAGUUUGCGCAGCGCAAUCAAAUCCCGAGGCACUACGAUGGCUUCGAGGCGCUCUCGUUGGACAAGGAGGUGGAUGUGGUGUAUGUGGGCACCUUGAAUCCCUUCCACUAUGCUGUGGUGCGGCUGAUGCUCAUCCGGGGCAAGCAUGUGCUCUGCGAGACACCGCUGUGCCUGGGCCUAGAGCAGGCCCAGGAGCUCUACAAGUUGGCCGAGCAGCGAGGCGUAUUCCUCAUGGAAGGCAUGUGGAGUCGUUGCUUUCCCAGCUAUGAACGGCUGCGCGAGCUGCUCCUUGGCGAUGCCAUUGGCGAGGUGAAACUAGUGAAGCUGCAGCACGGCUUCCGUUUGGCCAAUGAGGAGCGUGUGGCCAGCCGCGCCCUGGGCGGCUCCAUUACCCUGGACAUUGGCAUCUAUGCGCUGCAGCUGGGCCAGUUCGUCUUUGGCUCGGCGCCCGUCAAGAUCAUUCCCAGCGGCACUCAGCUGAAUGCGGAACGCGUCGACGUUCAAACCGAAUUCAUAUUGGACUAUGGCGAUAAUCGACGUCUGAUUGCGCUCAUUACUGGCCUGGAGACUCUGGAGAACGAUGCGAUCAUCGUGGGCACCAAAGGCGAGAUUAAGGUGAGAUUACCGCACAAACAGCUGUGA